CCACAAUCCAAACACAAUUAACCUGAACCAUACCGACAUAGAACAAGUCAAACUAAACUUUUAAGGCAUCAUUUAAAUCGAACUGAACUGUAAACAGAAAUUUCCACACUACGACCCAGCAGCAGCUUGACUAGAAGCAGAAGAAAAGUGUAAAGCCUCAACUUCCUGGAAAUAAAUUCACCAGGACUAGUAGUCCUAUGUGUAGAUGGAACCACACCGCUGACCAAAUCAAAGUUCAACUCCAGGUCUCGCACCAAAACUAGCUACCUUAAAAUAUCCUCAUUCCACAAUCAUGACCAUACAAUCAGAAACUUCACAAAAAAGGAGAAGAUGCAAAUGAAGCUAGCAAUAGCAGCUCUGCUCGCGAUUGGAUUCGCCACCGCGACGGCGGCGACCAUGGCCAAGCCCGGCUGCCCCGACAAGUGCGGCGGCGUGGACAUACACUACCCAUUCGGCAUCGGGAAAAACUGUUUUUUGAACAGAGGAUUCAAUCUGUCCUGCGACCAGGACUCAAAGCUAUGGACGACCCAAUCCCAUAACUCUCAAACCCAGAAUUCCCAAUCCCAAAUCACCGCCAUUGAUUACCUGAAAGGGCAGAUGGAAGUCCUGAUGCCCAUAUCCCGGAACUGCUUCAACGAAUCCGGUGGAGUCAUCAUCGACGAGCAGCCGUGGCUCGGCGUCCCGGAUUCCUUCACCGUCUCCAGCGACUCAAACAUGUUCUUCACCGUCGGCUGCAACACCUAUGGGUAUUUCAACAGCUACAAGGGAGACAAUCAGUUCUCGACUGCGUGCAUAUCGAAGUGUAACAGAGCGCCGGAAAAGAAGGACGCCGGGAAGUGCUCUGGGUUUGGGUGCUGCCAGAUUGGGAUUCCGGCGGUCGGGAUGAGGGACCUCCAGGUCGAUGCAUAUAGUUUCGGAUUCGACGAAAAUGUGUGGAAAUUCAACAACUGCAGCUAUUCUUUUGUGGCGAAAAACGGUGGGUAUAACUUCAGUGCGGAUGAUAUUACGAAUGUGAGGUUCAAUUCGACGCCUUUGAUGAUAAAUUGGGCCGCCGGGAAUGAGAACCAGACAUGUGAAAGUGCUGCUAAGGAAGAUGGAUAUGUUUGCGGCUCAAAUACGGUGUGUGUAGAGACGGAAUUCAUGUCUGGGUACAAUUGUAAAUGCAUAGACGGCUAUGGCGGGAAUCCAUACCUCCCUAUUGGUUGCCAGAAUAUAGAUGAAUGCAUUGAAGAAUCGACUAAUUACCCUUGCGUUAAAGAAGCAAAAUGCAAAGACAGUCCUGGUAACUAUACUUGUACGUGCCCAAAUGAAUACGAAGGAGAUGGCAAGAAACAAGGAACGGGUUGUAAGCGCAAAUCUAAUGGCAAUAAUACCUUGCUAAUAAUUGGUUUGAGUUUGAGUAUUGGUGUCACAGCUUUGCUUAUAGUAAGCUUCUACAUAUAUUGGGGGUCGAGGAAAAGGAGACUUUCUAGACUAAGAGAGCAAUUUUUUCAUCAAAACGGUGGCAUAUUGUUACAACAACAAAUAGCAGGAAAUAGGGGACCAACUGAUACAAGAAUGAAAAUCUUCACAUUGGAAGAUCUUAAGAAAGCCACCAACAAUUUUGAUGAAAAGAUGAUCCUAGGCCAAGGAGGAUAUGGAACAGUUUACAAAGGAGUAUUAGAGGAUAAAGAAGUGGUAGCCAUAAAAAAAUCCAAGAUUUGUGACAAAAGUCAAGUUGAACAGUUCAUCAAUGAGGUCGUCAUUCUCUCCCAAAUUAACCAUAGAAAUGUCGUCAAGCUUUUUGGUUGUUGUUUAGAGACAGAAGUUCCGUUACUAGUCUAUGAGUUCAUAACUAAUGGCAAUCUCUACGAUCAUCUCCAUAAACAAGACCAAUCAUCGUAUCUUUCAUGGGCAACCCGUUUAAGAGUGGCAUCAGAAUCUGCAGGAGCCCUCUCAUAUUUACACUCCGCUGCUUCUCCCCCAAUAAUUCACAGAGAUGUAAAGACAGCCAAUAUACUACUAGAUCAAAGGCUUACCGCAAAAGUAGCUGAUUUUGGAGCUUCACGGCUUGUCCCUCUCGAUCGAACCCAAAUCACAACUUUAGUGCAGGGAACAUUUGGAUAUCUAGACCCAGAGUAUUUCCACACGGGUCAAUUGACAGAUAAAAGUGACGUUUAUAGUUUUGGGGUGGUUCUCGCAGAGCUAUUAACUGGACAAAGAGCAAUUUCAUUCGCUAGGCCAGAGGAAGACAGGAAUCUAUCAGCUUAUUUUGUUUCAUCUCUGAACAAUGGACGAUUAUCUCAAAUUAUUGAUAAUCGGAUAGUUAACGAAGUGAACUUUGAGAAAUUUAUGGAAGUUGCGAAGAUUGCGAGACAGUGUUUAAAGGUGAGGAGAGAGGAUAGACCGACUAUGAAAGAAGUGGCAAUGGAGAUAGAGGGAUUGAGAAUUCUUGAGAGGCACCCAUGGGGGGAAAGUGAAAUGUCUUCGGAAGAGACGGAAUAUCUUCUGAAAUCGACGGGUGUUGCUUCUCAUGCGGUUAAUAUUGGAGAUUCACUAACCAGUACUAAUAAAAUAACUGGUGUAGAAAGCAUGGAAUUGAUUUCUAUGGGAUUGAGUGGUGGUAGAUGAUAGCAAUUUGUUGUUGGUGUGAGAUGUAAGUAAUGUUCUAUUUGUUCUUUUGUGUGUAUGGUUUUAAGUACACCAAGUAAACACCGAACAUAUAUUAUCUUUUUCUAUUACAUUUUACCAUACUAGUAAACUCACCCGUGCGAUGCACGGUUUGAGAUGUUUUUUCAAAUUUAUUUGUGCUUAGUAAUUUCAAUCACAUUCAAUUGAUGACAACAUAUAUCUUCA